CACCAAUCUUUCGGCUAUAAUUACAAUUUUUAUAUAAGCUCUUGCCUGCCGAAUAUGCGAACGACCCUCAGGAAGACGUUCUGUUAAUCAACACAAUUCUACAAAUAGCAACAGUAACUUGACGAGAAAUAAAGUCAGAGGUGGCCCUCAGUCUAGUACUGACUUAGAACCAAGAACACACUCACGCACCCUCUGACGAACACAGGUCCCAGUAUCGCACCGGGAACGCCGGGGGUUCUAGACAACGAAAUUAAACGUGACGCACACAUAAUGCGAUAGUAGAAUAGAAGCUAGAGAUCUAGAUUUCAAGUCGAGAAUCGAAUCAUCGAGCUGACGUACCACGCGGUCCGCGUGACGACAUCUAGGCAAGCAACUCGGACAACUCAGAAAAAUGACUUAUCAGAUUUCCGUAUUUAGUGUUAGUAUGUUUGAACUGCACCAGAGAACUGGACCACCAUGCAUGCUAUUGGAUUAGACAGAUACGCGGAUUGAAAUGCGAAUUGACAGAAUAGUGUAGGUUUUUGUUAGAAAUCUUUCACAAUGUUUGAGGAAGAAUUGGAGAUAGCACUCAAGGUGAUUGUAGUCGGGAAUGGUGGCGUUGGGAAAACGUCGAUGGUGCAACGAUAUUGCAAAGGCAUCUACACCAAGGAUUACAAAAAAACAAUAGGAGUGGAUUUUCUCGAACGACAGAUCGAACUCGAUGGUGAAGAUAUUCGAAUUAUGCUGUGGGAUACCGCAGGUCAGGAGGAGUUCGAUGCAAUCACUAAGGCGUACUAUCGUGGAGCACAGGCCUGUGUCUUAACGUUUAGUACGACGGAUCGGGCAUCGUUCGAAGCUAUUCGUGACUGGAAGGUUAAGGUGGAAAAUGAGUGCAGUGAAGUUCCGACGGUCCUAGUCCAAAAUAAAAUCGACCUUAUGGAUAAGGCCGUAGUGUCAUUCGACGAGGCUGAGACUUUGGCGCAAUCACUCAACUGUCGACUGAUACGAACCUCGGUCAAGGAGGAUGUGAAUGUAGCCAGCGUUUUCCGCUAUCUGGCAAAUAAGUGCCACCAGCAGAUGAAGCAACAGUACAGUGCUGCGAUGCCAAUUAUGCAACCAACGAUCAGUGCAUUUAGUCCCACUUUCCAGUCAAAAGCUACCAGCAACACCAUACAACUAACGAGGCCAUCUGUGAAGCGAAAACCACUACAGAAGAGGUGUGGCAUAUUUUAAGCAAAAAACAGUGACGAUUAGAUCGAUGAUAGCAAGUUUUUAUUUGUUUGCGAGCUAGUUCUUUCCUUGACCAGUGAGGAUAUACAAUUCCACGCUCUUGUUAAUAUUUGUUAAAUGGCACAUUCGAAAUAGCCCUCGAAGUUGUUAAUAAUUAAUAGUAUUGUGUUAUACUCAAUAUAUUGCACUUUUAAAAUAAUUUAAGAAGAUAACAAUAAUAAAACUAACAUCCAAACUUAGCUAGGAACUAUAUGAAAAUUGUGCCGCUCAACGAGUUCUGACAAAGAUGUAACUGUAAGACUUGACUAUUAAGUGAUUUAUUGAUAGAAUUCCAAAAAUGCACGAGACUUUUUAUAAUCGUUCAUUGUAAUGAAUUUUAAGCCUGAUUGAUUUGCCUGUUUGGAAUAUAGUUUCAAUAGUACGGAUGGCGAACAAUUCUAAAAAUACAUUGAAUUUAAAAAAAAACAAUUCAACUGCAAUCACACAAUCAUUUCCGAACAGCAGACUAAGUGUUGUAUUUCCUUCAUUUCAUUUAUUAUUAACUUCAAUGUUACUGUUGCAAUACACCGAAUUUUCCAAUACAUUUAUUUUCACAUUUUCCUAAACAAUGUUACUUUUUGUUCAAAACAUAACGAAGUUAUUUAUGCUUCAGUCCACUUACGAAAUUACGCCAGAGCAUUUGAUAGGAAUCUCCCAGUCCUUAAUGUGAAGACAUCUCUCUGCUGUAAUCGUUAGUGGUGCUCAAUUACUGAAACAAAAGUGAAAAUCUAUCUCUCUUUUACUGCUUGCUGAUAUUAAUUAACACUCUCCAUACGAGUGGAAGAAUGUGUUAUUUAUAGCUAGAGCCCUGAAAAAUGGCGUGUGUUUGUGAUAGCGCGAUUGUGAGAAAGCCUAAAGAAAAUUGUUUCAGUCAGGGAAAGAUAACUAUAACAGUAAGGAGCAAAACCUUGUGAAUAAUGCAAAUGAUAACGAUGUUAAUAAAAAGACGAACAAAAUCCGGUAUUUAAAAGAAAUCUGAAGCUUUAACAGAG